GGAUAAUUUGCCUGUUUGGGUCGAAGCCGAGCCCCUGUCAGGUGCCUUCUUGACAUCACGUUGUGAAAUCCUCUGCUAUGCUGCCUAAUAGAUCCAUCACUGGAGUCAAAAAACGCGCCCGGACUGGUUGCUUGAGUUGUCGUAGACGGAGGCGUAAGUGUGAUGAACAGAAACCUCGAUGCAGCAGCUGCGAUACCAGGGGAAUAUCAUGCCAAUAUCCUGACGGUCUAAUCUUCAUACCUGCCCCGACAUCUCGAUACCAGGGUUUGAGAGACCCGGAUUUCAAUCAAGUGGCACAGACUUACGAUACUAUCGAGUUUGUAGAAAAUGCAACGUUCCAGAUUGCGGAUGCUCACACCGCAGGUAUACUGCCUGAACCAGCAUCCGUCACGGCCGAGACUCCUCGACCCCCAUUCGCCCCCGAGACAGUCACUCCACAGCGUAUAGAUAUUCAAGAAGAACAUUGUGAAGCUAUAGAAGACUCUGUAGCUUUGGAAGAUCCAGAUGAAGAGCCAAGAUCCGAGUUUAUCCCAUCUUCUAACGUCAAUAACGCGUCUACAGUGACUGUUGUAUCAGACAGCAGUCCGGCCGUGACACCUGCGGCUCGCGUGAAUCCAACGUCUCCACGAAAGUUAAGCUUGGAGAAAGCCUCAGCCUAUGACUUCCCAACAAACUUCGGCUUACCUCCUGGAGAUCAAGAAAUUGCGUUACUGCGGCACUUUCGUGAUAAUUUGUGUCCAUGUCUGGAUAUUGGGGGCUCAAAGUCAGCGGCUGGGCUCGACAUUAUGGUCCUGGCCAACUCCAGCAAACCACUCAUGUCCUCAAUUCUCUGGCUAGCCUCCGAACAUUAUGCUUCAAUAUCUUUGCAGUCUGAAAUUGAUCUUACUCCAGAAGCUGUCACGUACCGUCAACAUGCUACAGAGGGCCUCGAGCUUGAACCGGACGACACUACUGUCAAACAUAUAGGACACGGGUUGUUAACAUUGAAGGAGCUACUUGGAUCGAAGCCUCGGCAAUGGACCGGUAUCUUGGCACGGAGUAACAUUUACGAUACCACUAUAACAUUCGUACCCCCUGAGGAGACCAUUGAUUCCUUGUUUUGGGCCUUACUCAAGUUUGAUCUUGCGGCAUCCAUAAUUGGCAAACAGUCACCGAAAAUUUCGAUAUGUACCCUUCGAGAUACCGCUAGCCGACUUACCUUUCGUCCAGGUGCCAGAUAUGAUUGCCAAGCAUCGUUAUUGCGCCUGGGGGAAUGUUUACAUAUCGUGUAUGGGACUGACGACUCGUUGAGCUCGGUAUCCAACGGAUCUAACCGACAAGAAUCACCGACCUCCGAGACACAACUGACAAAUUUCUGGUCCCAGUGGACUUCUCUCUGGAGAGAAUGCCAAGAUUGGCAUAAGCAUCGAGCCCUGGAAGUGCAGCCCCUCUUGGUAGUGGAUAGCAUAGAAAUGAGCAGCAUCAACACCCCAGACGACCCAUCCUUCCCAAUGCUGCUGUUCACCGAGCCUCUCGCACUUGUCGUCAACAUAACGUAUUAUAUAACAUCCCUCCUGUUACUCAGUCGGCGGCCCCGUCUAUCAAGACUCUGGGCUCAUUCUAGCCUUGUAACCUCUAUGGCCUGGCAUGCUCAGUCUAUUGCCGGGGCGCUAACCAGUAAUCAGUAUCCGGAGAGUUGGGACCCGGUUGUAUUCGCAGGGGUCCUGAUGGCUGGCAAAGCGAUGACACACGAGUCACAGCAGAUGUCUUUGCUGAAGCAGCUCCACAAGAUGAUCAAUGCAGUUGGCUUAAAUCUAAGGAGCGAGGUUCAAGAACUCCAAUCAUCAUGGACUAUUUCACAUCACGAUAGUCAUUAGGUAGUAUGAUAAGAAGUUUUUUGUUGGCUUUGAACAAAGUAGAACGGCCUGCCUCUCUAAACCAGUUCCUGCGAUAGAGCUCAUAAAUAAAUGGUGUGACGCUCUACCACAUGCG